GGACCCCUUAUCGCCCGCACACGCCCGUCGCUGCUGCAGCUGCAGCUGCUGCUACUGACUCGUUCACACCCUGAAGGGGGCGCAGGCGUCGCCCAAAAUUUUGCGGUCUGUGCGCGGCGCGUAUUUUUCAUCGGCGGCGCCGACCCCCGCGGCCCGAGGCCCGUUUGGGUCAAAGAUACACGCAUGCUUACAUAAGCACGUACCACGCGAGCAAAGUCUCCUCCAUCGCGACCUUUGGCCUCGUCGCUCGUCGUCGAGAGAAGAAACAGAUCGACGCUCCAGCGACACAUCCACAGCCCAGCACAGCCAUGGCGUCGUUCCAGCCUGUCAACCCGAAGCCGUUUCUGCAGCUGCAGACGGGCAAGCCCGUCGUUGUGCGUCUCAAGUGGGGCGGCAUGGAGUACAAGGGCUUCCUCGUGAGCACCGACAACUACAUGAACCUCCAGCUGGCAAACACGGAAGAGUUCAAGGACGGCAAGCCGAACGGCAAGCUCGGCGAGGUCUUUGUCCGGUGCAACAAUGUCCUGUACCUCCGCGAGGUCAAUGACGACGACGCAGAUGCCGACGCCGACGAGGCAAAAUGA